GACAGAGAGAGGGAGCAAGAGAGAGAAGGUCUUCCAUUCACUGUUCAGCUCCCAGAUGGCCACUAUGGCCAGAGCUGAGCAGAUCUGAAACCAGGAGCCAGGAGCUUCUUUGGGGUCUCCCAUGCAGGUGCAGGGCCCCAAGCACAUGGGCCAUUUUCUAAUGCUUUUCCAGGCCAUAGCAGAGAGCUGGAUGGGAAGUGGAGCAGCCAGGUCUCAAACCAGCACCCAUACAGGAUGCUGGUGCUGCAGGCAGUGGCUUCACCUGCUAUGCCACAGCGCCGGCAGUAGCAGCCAUUUGGGGGGUGAACCAACGGAAGGAAGAUCUCUCUCUCUCUCUCUCUCUAACUCUGCCUGUCCAAAAAAAAAAAAAAAAGUGAACCAGCAGAUGGAAGACCUUUCUGUCUGUCUCUCUCUCUCUAACUCCACCUCUCAAAUAAAUAAAUAAUUUUUUUGACAGGCAGAGUGGACAGUGAUAGAGAGAGAGACAGAGAGAAAGGUCUUCCUUCUGUUGGUUCACCCUCCAAUGGCCGCUGCGGCUGGCAUGCUGCAGCCGGCACACAGCGCUGAUUCGAUGGCAGGAGCCAGGUGCUUCUCUUGGUCUCCCAUGGGGUGCAGGGUCCAAGCACUUGGACCAUCCUCCACUGCACUCCCGGGCCACAGCAGAGAGCUGGCCUGGAAGGGGGGCAACCGGGACAGAAUCCGGCACCCUGACCGGGACUAGAACCCGGUGUGCCAGCGCCGCAGGCAAAGGAUUAGCCUAUUGAGCCACAGCGCCAGCCAAUAAAUAAUUUUUUAAAAAAGAGCUAUAUGUCAACAAAUUUGAAUAUCUACAAGAAACGGAUAGAUUCCUGGACAUAUACAAUCUACCAAAAUUGAUUCAUGAAGACAUAGAAAAACUAAACAGACCAAUAACCAAGACAGAAAUUGAAUCAGUAAUAAAGACUCUCCCAACAAACAAAAGCCCAAGACCAGAUGGCUUCACUGCUGAAUUCUAUCAGACAUUUAAAGAACUAAUUCCAAUCCUUCUCAAGCUAUUCAAAGCAACUGAAUGAGAGGUAAUCCUCCUAAACUUCUUCUAGGAGGCCAGCAUCAUCUUAAUCCCUAAACCAGAAAGACACAACUGAGAAAGAGAACUGGGGCCGACGCUGUGGUGCAGCAGGUUAACACCCUGGCCUGAAGCUCUGGCAUCCCAUAUGGGCACCGGUUCUAGUCCCGGCUGCUCCUCUUCUAAUCCAGCUCUCUGCUGUGGCCUCGGAAAGCAGUGGAAGAUGGCCCAAGUGUUUGGGCCCCUGCACCCACUUGGGAGACCCAGGGGAAGCUCCUGGCUCCUUGCUUUGAAUUGGCGCAGCUCUCCGGCUGUUGCAGCCAUCUGGGGAGUGAACCAGUGGAUGGAAGACCUCUCUCACUGUCUCUACCUCUCUCUGUAACUCCUUCAAAUAAAUAAAAUAAAUUUUAAAAAACAAAAAGGGAACUAUAGGCCAAUAUCCCUGAUGAACACAGAUGCAAAAAUCCUUAAAAAAUCUAAGAUAAUCAAGUCCAACAUCACAUCAGAAAGAUCAUUCUGAUGAUCUUUAUCCCAGGUAUGCAGGGAUGGCUCAACAUCCUCAAAUCAAUAAAUGUGAUACACCACAUAACAAACUGAAGAACAGAAACUAUAUGCUUAUUUUAAUUGAUGCAGAGAAAGCAUCUGAUAAAAUACAAUACCCUUUCAUGAAGAAAACCUUAAGCAAAUUGGGUAUAGGAGGAAUAUUCCUCAACAUAAUCAAGGCAAUUUAUGACAAACCCACAGCCAGCAUCUUACUGAAUGGGGAAAAGCUGGAAGCAUUCCCAUUAAGAUCCAGAACCAGGGGCUAACGCCAUGGCUCACUUGGUUAAUCCUCGCUGACAUCCCACAUGGGCACUGGGUUCUAGUCGCAGCUGCUCCUCUUCUGAUCCAGCUCUCUGCUGUGGCCCGGGAGGGCAGUGGAGGAUGGCCCAAGUGCUUGGGUCCCCGCACCCACAUGGGAGACGGGGAAGAAGCUCCUGGCUCCUGGCUUCAGAUCGGCACAGCACCGGCCAUAGCAGCCAUUUGGGGAGUGAACCAACAGAAGGAAGACUUUCUCCCUGUCUCUCUCUCUCUCUCUCUCACUGUCUAUAACUCUACCUGUCAAAUAAAUAAUUUAAAAAAAUUUUAAAAAGAUCCAGAACCAGACAAAGAUGCUCACUCUCACUAUUGCUAUUCUAUAGUCCUAGAAGUUUUAGCCAGAGCCAUUAGGCAAGAAAAAUAAAUCAAAGGGAUACAAAUUGGGAAAGGAGGAAAUCAAACUAUCCCUAUUUGCAAAUAACAUGAUUCUAAAUAUAAGGAAUCCGAAAAACUCCACUGAGAGACUACUGCAACUCAUAAAAGAGUUUGGUAAAGUGACAGGAUACAAAAUUAACAUAAAAAACCAAUAGCCUUGCCCCUCCUCCAGCGGCACUCUGGGACCAUGGCCGACCCUGGCGUGAGGCAGAUCAAGAUCAAGACUGGCGUGGUGAAGCAAUUGGUCAAAGAAAAAGUAAUGUAUAAAAAAGAAGCAAAACAAAAAGAAAAGAUUGAAAAAAUGAGAGCUGAAGAUGGUGAAAAUUAUGCCAUUCAAAAGCAGGUGGAAACCCUGCAGGAGUCCUGCAUGAUGAUCCCACAUUGCCAGUGCAGGCUGGAAGCCAUGUACACUGACCUUCAGCAGAUACUAGAAAGUGAAAAAGACUUGGAAGAAGCUGAAGAAUAUAAAAAAGCCCUGCUAGUACUGGACUCACUGACAUUAGAAGCCUGAAACCUGUCUACACAGGGUGCUUUUUGCACUAAAUCCUGGGGCCCAUUCUACAAUUCAUUACUUUGACCACUGCUCUGUUCAAGUCAUCUAAGCAUGUGAUUUUUUAUAUGCAGUUACAUAUAUUUUUCUUUGCCUAAUUUAGUGCAUCAAUGAGUUUAUCUAAUAAGCUUGUUUAUUUCAGAUUUUAUAAAUAUUCUAAUUAACCUUUUUGACAAAAAUAAAAUCUGUUAGAUUCUGUUAAAAAAAAAGCCUUUAUAUACAUAGGUAAUGUUAUGGCUGAGAAAGAACUUCAAAGAUCAAUCCCAUUCACAAUAGCUACAAAAAAAUUAAUUAUCUUGGAAUAAAUUUAAACAAGGAUGUCAAAAAUCUCUAUGAUGAAAAUUACAAAACAUUACAGAAAUAGAAAAAUACACAAAAAGGGAAAAUCUUCCAUGUUCAUGUACUGGAAGAAUCAAUAUCAUCACAAAGUCCAUACUUCUGAAAGCAAUCUAGAGUAUAUGUGAUACCAAUGACAUUCCUCUAAGACCUGGAAAAAAACAAUGCUAGAAGUCAUAUGGAAACACAAGAGACCCCGAAUAGCUAAAGCAAUCUUACACCACAAACACAAAGCUGGAGGCAUCACAAUACCAGAUUUCAAGACAUAUUACAGACCAGUUAUAAUCAAAACAGCCUGGUACUGGCACAAAAACAGAUGUGUACACCAAUGAACAGAAUAGAAACUCCAGAAAUCCAUGCAUCUACAACCAAUUAAACUUUGACAAAGGAGCUAAAAUCAAUUCCUGGAGCAAGGACAUUCUCUUCCACAAAUGGUGCCGGGAAAACUGGAGCUCCACAUGCCCUGAAGUAUGAAACAAAACCCCUACCUUACACCUUACACAAAAACCCACUCACAAUGGAUCAAGGACCUAAGUCUACGACCUGAUGCCAUCAAAUUACUAGAGAACACUGGGGAAACUCUGCAAGACAUUGGCGUAGGUAAAGACUUCUUGGAAAAGACCCCAGAAGGGCAGGCAACCAAAACCCAAACUGACAAAUGGGAUUACAUUAGGCUGAGAAGCUUCUGCACUGCAAAAGAAACACUCAGUAGCAACUGAGGGGACAGCACUGUCAGUAGGGAAAGCCACUGCCUGCAGUGCCGGCAUCCCAUAUGGGCACCAGUUCAUGUCCCGGCUACUACACUUCUGAUCUAGCUCCCUGCUAUGGCCUGGGAAAGCAGUGGAAGAUGACCCAGGGCCUUGAGGCCCUGCACCUGCAUGGGAGACCUAGAGGAGGCUCCUGGCUCCUGGCUUUGGAUCGGCAAAGCUCCAGCCAAUGUGGCUGGUUGGGGAGUGAACCAGUGGAUGGAAGACCUCCCCCCCCCCCCGCCUCUCCUUCUCUGUGUAACUCGGACUUUCAAAUAAAUUUUAAAAAAAUGUUCUUGGUGAGAAAAUUUAAGAAAGAGAAUUAAAGAAAAAGAGACAACUAACAGAACGGGAGAAAAUAUUUGUAAACUAUGCAACUGAUAAAGAAUUAAUAUCCAGAAUCUAUAAAGAGCUCAAGAAAUUAAAAAUAGGGCUGGCAUUGUAGUGAUGAGGGCUAAGCCUCUGCCUGCAGCACUGGCAUACCACAGGGGCAUUGGUUCGAGUCCUGGAUGCUCCUCUUCUGAUACAGCUCUCUGUUUAUGGCCUUGGAAAGCAGUGAAGGACAGCCCAAGUGCUUGGGCCCCUGCACCCACGUGGCAGAAGCAGCUCCUGGCUCUCAAACAGCUCAGCUCCGGCCAUUGCAGUCAUUUGGGGAGUGAACCAGCAGUUGGAAGACCUUUCUCUCUCUCUCUCUCACUUUUUUAUUUAUUUAUUUUUUAACAGGCAGAGUGGACAGUGAGAGAGAGAGAGACAGAGAGAAAGGUCUUCCUUUGCCGUUGGUUCACCCUCCAAUGGCCGUCGUGGCCAGCGCGCUGC